AUGUUAGAGAAGUCAUAAAAAUAGAUUCAAAAUAAAAAUGAAGAUGUAAAUACAAAAAAUGAAAUUAUAAAGAAAAACUUGAAUUAGAAAAGAUAAAAAUAAAAUAAUCCUGCUGAAUAAUUCGAGCCAAUAGAAACAAUAUUGGAUUCUGCAUUUUAUAAGGUGGAUGUUAUUGAAUUGGCCUAAAAAUUAAUUGGUAAGAUUAUAGUAAGAUAACUUCCAUAGGGAGAAGUAAGAGCUUUAAUUGUUGAAGCAGAAGCCUAUAAAGGUAAAUUAGAUAAUAAAGCAAGCACCUGAGGAUAAAGCCUGUCAUGCAUAUAAUAAUAAAAAGACUGAGAGAACAUAAUAUUUUUGGCAAGAUGGUGGACAUUUGUAUAUCUAUUCAAUUUAUGGAAAUAAUUAUUGUUUGAAUAUCACAGCUGCUACAAAAAAUGAUCCUCAAGCUGUUCUUAUUAGAGCGAUUUAACCUUUAAAGUUUGAAAUUGUUCAAGAUAUAAGAAAGAUAAAAUCAUUUAAAUUGUAAGAAUUAUCUAAUGGUCCAGGAAAAUGUGGAGAAUGUUUAUAGCUUAACAAAAGUCAUAAUGGAUUAAAUUUAUGUGAUAAGAAUAGUGGAAUGUAUCUAAUUGAUAAUUAAAUAAAAUAUGAGAUUGGAAUUUCUAGUCGAAUAAAUAUUGAUUAUGCAGAAGAAUAUAAAGAUAAACCUUGGAGAUUUUAUAUUAAAAAUAAUAGUUUUGUUUCGAAAAAAGGAUGA